AUGAAAUAGUAAGAAAGGAGGAGGAGAGGACAAGAGGAGAAAGGAGGAGAGGAAAGCAUUCCCACGCUUUACUCUUACUAACCAGUAGAGUAAACUUUAUUAUCUCAAAGACCAAGAAAAGAAAAAUAGAGAAAAAUGAAGUUCAUCAUUGGAAUCGGAGGCGUGACCAACGGUGGGAAAACCACACUGACGAAAAGACUUGAGAAGAUACUACCAAACUGUUGUGUGGUACAUCAAGAUGACUUCUUCAAGCCCCAAGAUCAAAUAGAGGUCGGGGAGGACGGCUUUAGACAGUGGGAUGUGAUCACAGCUCUGGACAUGGAAGCCAUGGUGAACACUGUAAAAGGCUGGAUCGAGAACCCGGUGAAGUUCGCUCGCUCUCAUGGUGUGACUCUGUCACCCGUGGCUGAUGGUUCUGAUCCAGAGAGACAAAUCCACAUUCUGCUUGUCGAGGGCUUUCUGCUCUAUAACUACAAACCUCUGAUUGAGACCUUCAACAAGUGCUACUAUGUCACCAUUCCAUACGAGGAGUGCAAAAGAAGGAGAAGCACCAGAACCUACACAGUGCCUGACCCUCCCGGCCUGUUCGACGGCCACGUGUGGCCCAUGUACUUGAAACACAGGAUAGAGAUGGAAAACAACUGCAGAGUUAUUCAAUAUCUGGAUGGUAUGAAGUCAAAGGAAGACAUCUACAACCAGGUAUACGAGGACAUCCAGAACAGUCUGUUGAAUAGCUAAUAGCGGGUCCAGAUCACCUGAAGCUGCCUGUGUAUAGAAUUGUAAAUAGUAGUUGAAGUGAGAGCGCCUUCUGCCAUUGAGUGAAUCCUGUAAAUAUGAUCAAAGAAAUAACUUAUUUUUUGAGCCAGUGGCUGAAGCCUGGAAUUUUAUAUCGCCUUACUGUAUGUAGUUGUUUCUUUUAUAAAUAUGUAAAGAAGAGGAGUCUGGCUGGACGGCUGUAUAACGCGAUGCUAACGACGUUUUGUCAGCAUAUGUUAUACUGUGUAGGAGUUGAAACAAAAGAACUGAUCCUCAUUGAAAGACAUUCAAAUUCAA